UAUGGUUUUUCACUGGUUUUUUGAUAUAUCUUUGCAUUUUAUUGGAAAGAAACUAAAAACAUGAGUGUAGAUACGGAAGAAAUGCGUCCAAAUAUCAUGAUUGAAAUUAAUAAUGAUAAUAAAAUGGAUGUUGAUAGCCCAGUCAGUGAAAAUGAGGGUGAGAUAAAUGAGGAUGAAGAAGAAAAUGGUAUGAAGGAAAUGCAACAGUCCAGUUCCCCUGUUUUGGGAAUGCACUGGAAAGACUCAAGGGGCAUUUUCGCUACUGGAAUUAACAUUUUUGAUAAAGGGGAACAAGAAAAGCUUCAAGAACGGGCCAGGAGAUUUGCUUUGAAGCCUGAUGAAAUCCACACUUUUACAGAUGAAGAUUUAGAAGAACUUCAUCGAAGCUUAGGAAUUACUGCUGAUAAUCAGGGUGAAGUUAAAUUCAACAUUGUUCAUUUGUUGGGAAUAAGUCAAAUGAGUGCUGAAGAUAUACUAGAGUAUUUUGCAAAAUAUGCACCAGCUGGAAUUGAAUGGAUAGAUAAUGAUAGUUGUAAUGUUGUAUGGUUAGACAACGUAUCCGCAGCUAGAGCCCUGUAUUUUAAUUCCAAAGCUGUAAAUGGGAUGCCUGCCAGAGGUCCAUCUGAUAUUUUUUCAGAUGUGUUUUUAGAUGAGGAGCAGAGUGAAGUGCAAACAACAGGUCAGAGUAUUUUGUCAAAAAAUAAGAACCGCAUAGUUGAAUUAAGAGAUGAAGAUGGAAAGUUACAUAAAACAACAAUUCCAAAAUAUUCUGUGAAUAUAUCCGAAAUAACUAUACCUAUCCCCCCCGGUUAUUGGCGUUUGGGGAAAAGUCAUCCUAAAGCAAGUUGCAUUCUUGUCAGAUUCAACCUGAGAACAGAUAAACAAGCAUAUGAAGCUGAAAGUUUCAGUAAGUACUAUAAAAAAUUAACUGUUUCGAAAAACAUCAUAUCAGAUAACCAGAAAAAAGAACUUGGGAGUAUAUUUGAAAGAAACAAGGAACUUUCAAUAGAUAAAAACCCGUGGGGGUCGCUAGCUAGGAACUGGGAUAAAGAUGCAAAGUUCCGGGAGAGAUCACCAAUUCUACAUGAAGAUGUCAUUAAGCCUCAAAUUGAAGUGAAAAAUCCAAAAUUGUUGGCUCGUUUGGGAGCAAAACGCAAGCUUUCAGAUAGCAACAGUCAUUCAAAUGAUAAUGACUAUGAUGAGGGUGAUUCAGAUGUGACUGUAGACAAAUUUAAAAAUAAAAUGCCACGCAUGAAAAUGUAUGCUGAUGAGGAAGAAGAGAAAAUCAAAAGAAAAAAAAUUCUUCAAAAAAUCAAAAGGCAAGCUGAUAAAAUAGAAAAGACAGACUUGAGAAAUGUUCUACGGAACUCUCGAAAAGUGCCACUUAAGGAAGUAAGUGUGGAAAAAGGUGCAUCAGCUAUUGACUUAGGUUCAAAAUUAAAAAAUCGAACCAGCAGACUGGUUUUUGCAGUAGGCAGAGAGGCACCUGUUAAAAACAUUACAGAAAUAAAGCCUGAUAUACGGACCCUUUUGGUGGAACGUAGGCAAACUAUUAAAAAAUUACAUGACUCCAAUAGACAUAAAGAGAGGUUGAGCAGAGGUAGGCAUGGAGAUAUGGGAAAAACUUUGCACAGUGAUAGAAUGCGCAGUGAGCAUUCCAGACAUGGCAAGGUGAGCAGACAUUAUAGAAGUUCCACCUAUGACAGAUACAGUCAAAAACCAAAAAGUAAAGUGUCAGUUGUCAUAAAACCAUCAGCCAGGAAACCAGUUGUGGCGUCAACAAUAUGGUCCAGGGUGAAACAAACCAGUGAUAGUGAUGAUCAAGAAACCUCAUCAGAUUCUCAAGAAUCUGAGGGAAGUAGCAGUAGCAGUAGUAGUGUUGGGAGUGGCUCUGAAUCUGAAUCUGGCUCCCAGUCAGAUGAUGAAUCAUCAUCACACUCUUCAAAGAAGCAUUCAUUAAAAAGAAUGGCACGACCAGGCUUUCGAGGUAUUAGAAACCAUUUUUCAGAGAAGAGUAAUCUCAAAAGCCCAAUAAAAAUUACAAUGCCCAACAACCGCUACAAGAGAUGAAAUGAGUGCUUUUUAUUUGCUGU